CGAGAUUUUACGAGACUUGAAAAAAUUAAGAAAAAAUCUAAAAUAUUGCAACAAAAUGUUGUUUUUUGCAACAAUUGUGAAGUAGAUUUCUUACAUAUUGUAUCAAGACAAUUGGCUUCUGCCCAGAGAAAUCCUGUGAGAAUACCAAGCCACCAAAAUGGCGUCUCUAGAGAAACUGAUGAAGGCAUUUGAAGGAUUGAAGGUGUUCCAACCAGGAACAAUGACAGAGGAAAUGAUGAAAAAAAGAGAGCAGCCUGUCAGCAGGAAGGAUAAGAUAAUAAACUGCAAUAUGAUUGCUGAUUGCAUCUGUUCCCCAAACCUCAGAAAUGUGCAAGAUUUUGCAAAGUUCCUUGGCUUGAGCAUUGAGACAUUUCUCAUGAUGUGUGAUGAUGCUGAGUCUGAUGUCAGAAUGGUAGCUGAUGAGUGUCUAAACAGAACAAUCAAAACCUUAUUAGACAACAACCUUGGAAGGCUUCAAGUAGAGCUUUAUAAGGAGAUAAAGAAAAAUGGUUCCUCGAGAUGUCUCAGGGCUGCUUUGUGGCGAUUUGCAGACAUGUGUCAUUUAAUCCGGCCUCAGAAGUGCAGACCAUAUGUUGUGAAUAUUCUACCCUGUUUGGCACGGAUAUGUCGCCGUCACGAGGAUGCCAUCCAGGAGACCUUACAGACUGCUAUGCAUAAAAUAUGUCCUGUCUUGAUGUCCUUCUCGACAGAUUCCGAAAUCAAAGUUCUCUUGAAAUCAUUCCUACCCAACUUGAAAUCUGGGUCAGCUGUGAUGCGACGCACUGCUGCGUCAUCGUUGACCUUGAUUUGCCAAUACACACGCAAGCCGAUGCUCUUCUUCUCGUGGCUCUUGAACAACCUUCUUGAGACAGUAAUACCUAUUCAUGAAGAGCGGAUUGUCUUCAACCUACUUGGAGUUCUUCUGUGUCUGCGUCAUCUGAUUCCACAUCUCUCCCAGCAGUCAAGUGAUGACAUUGGGCAAAGUCUAAAAGGGAGCUUUGGUAGAGUGGAAAAGGAGAAAGAGACACAAAUUGGAGAGGAACAGUUUUUACAGAUAUAUGAGUUGGGUUUACAUUACACAAGCCACGCAGAUCAUAACGUCAUAACAGCCUCUCUUGAGAUGUUACAGCAAUUGUUGCGGACGCCUCCUCCUAUCUUUGCCAAAAUUCUCGUCACUAAAGGUGCAAUAUCGCAUACAAGUAUUUACAAAGGAGAUGAUAUCAAAUUGAGGAGUCGUAUUAACAGUAGUGCUGGUCUACCAUCUCUAUUAGAUGAUAUGGGAUUGGAUGACGAUGAUGGUUCAGAGGUCAGUUCGAGUACCACUGGGUCAAUGUCCUCUGGAACACAACCUAUAAUGGUUGAGGAAGACACGGGUGACCUUGAAAGUUCAGAUCUUCCAGACGAGACUCCAGAGCAGCCUAAACCUCCCGAUCCUGAAGCUGACAGUAAUGGAGACAUUGAUUUUACAGUACCACCAUCUGGUGGGGGAAUGCCUGAAAUAAUGACAGAUUCAAAUUACUCGAACCUUGAUAUCGGGGAAAUUCAAGAGCCUCAGUCUGGGAUGUCACAAAGUAGUAGUGCAGAUACACUAAGUGAGGCAAAGGCAACACCUAAACAAAGUCCAAACAAACCUCCACCUUUACGGAAAGGAGUAAGCCUAGAUGUCCUCAAUGGGAAUAUAGAAACUGAGGGGGCCAUGGAAACUGAACCAGGGAAAGCAAGUGGGGAUACAGAAACCAUAUGUCCUGGACCAAUAGGAUCUGUUACUGAUGAUGAAAUCCCUAUAGUCUACUGCACAAGACUUCUUUGCAGCAAGUUCCUGCUAACAGGGUAUCCACAAAACCUUAUACCAGAUCGUAUGGUUCGUGUUAGUGUGAAGUCAUUAGCACUUGGAUGUAUUGCCUCCAGUAUCUUAAUAUAUCCUCAGAUAUACUUCUACAAUCUACACAUUGAUGAAACAGGUGGUUCGCAGAAAUUAAGCGAUAUUCUCCUGUACAUUAAUCACCAAGACCCACAGCUAAAAGGUGUCACUUCUAUCCUUAUCGCAAAUUUUAUCAAAACCUCAAUGACCCAGGCAAGAGGCAGGUUCGACCAAUGGCUGAAAAAUACCAUCAGAUAUACAGAGGAAGAGUCUCUAAUGGAUUACUUGGUUGGGAGAUUACUAUCUGUACUGGAAGAUGAGUCAUCCGUAGCAACUCGACUGUCACUUGUUGCGCUGCAGUCCUGUUUGAACCAUCUCUUAAAUAGCACACAUAGCGAAGUAGGCUUGCAGAUAUUGCUGAAACUACUACACAUGAAAGACAAUCCUUACUGGCUUGUCAAGGUUGAACUACUGGAGAUAUUCGGCCAGCUGGACUUCAAGUUGAUCCACUACUUGGAAAGUAUAUCAAAGAAGCUAAUCAGGGGAGACCAUGGAUACGUUGGAUUGCUGAACCUACAGUGCCAUAUAAUUGAUGAUGUCAUACUUUACCUGCUUGGGGAUUCUGAUGUUCGUGUGAGAAAUGUCGCUUCAGAAAUUCUAGUCAGGAUUAUUCCAAAGCUGUUCUACCCAACCGAUUCAGUCCAGCAUAAUCCUAUUAUUGCCUCCGCCAGAGAGUUCACGGAUGCGUACCUGAAUCCCAUAAUGCAUGAAUGGUCUGAGCCUCCUCAACCACUCGUUCACGGCCUCGUCAAACCAUUCCAUUUCAAUCCCAGCAUUCCCUCAUCUUUGUCAAUAGAGGGCAGUUUGUCUAGAGUGGUGUCGUCACUUGUUGAGGUCAUGUCAAACUCGCUAUCCAAGUAUUUAACAUAUGGGUGUUGCCACACCCUGUGGUUACUGUCUGAAGAGUACUAUGUCACUUGCUAUCCCCACUCCUGGUGUUGUGCUCCUUGGGUCGCAGUGACAUCUAAAGACCCCUUGAAACAAUCAAAACCUGGAAACAAAGGAGGAUCAUUGGCUUCAAGUAAUGUUGCUGCAUUGAGCAGUAUCCUGAGUGCAGGCACAUUGGAAGAGAUGAAGAUGGGGUCAUCUGGUGGACCUCUACCAAUCCUCCUUGCUUGUCUUACAUCAUCAUACGUUGCCCUUGAUCUAUCAGCACAUCAAGAUACUCUGAAACUGUCAGGCAAUCUUUUCUCAGGGGCUGCCUACAAGUGUUUACGAUCAAUGGAGGAAGUUGCCAGCAUCAACCCUAACACAGAAGAGAGUCAUUGGGCCCCUCUAGGGGACAGACUCCUUGUUCCAAUGGCUGAUACAUUGCUUUCUCACUUAGGACGGCUCCUCAAUAUCUGCACACACAUUAUUGAAGACGUCACAGUCACCCCACCAGCCACUAGGACAUCUCUACCCUCCCUCCCCACAGCACCUUCCCUCAGUCCAAUCAAACGCAACAAAGCUAAAGGAAAGAUGACAGACCCCUCUCAAACCACACAAACAUCUGAAAAACAAGCAGCCAAAGAUUCUCAAAAAGAUAAGGAAAGUGAAAAAGACAAGGAAAAGAACAAGAAGGAGGGCCUUGGUUCCUUCUAUGCCAUCCCUCACUAUAUGAAACUUUAUGAAGUCAUGAAGAAUGCUUUCUCAAACUACAAGAUUUCCCUUGAUUUGAGCACGCAGGAGAAAUUCUCAACAUUACUCAAAACCACACUAGAGGUUCUGGCGCAAGUACUUGAAAUUGCCUCAUUGAAUGAGAUUGGGAAAUAUGCAGAGGAGCUUUUAGGGUAUUUGAAGAGUACUUUUACAUUGGAGGCUACAUCCACAGUGCUGUGUGUUCAACAGUUGUUAAAGGGUUUAUUUGGCACGAAUCUAGCCAGUCAGUGGGAAUCAACUCAAACCACAAACACUGCCAAGAAAUCAUCAAGGAAACAACCCAGGCUAGGAGCCAAUGUUAAACCAGGGCUCUACCAUGCUUGUUUCACAACUCCCUAUACUCAGUUUGCGCAGUCCAUCACCACGGCAACGUUUAAGAGUACAACUAACAUUGAACCUGAAGAACCAGUGAGUUUGCUUGGCUGGCUGAAGAAGAGGGCGGAGAAGAAGGUCCCUGCCAUAUUAAAGCCUGGGAGCAAGGCUGACAAGGCAUCCAUAGCUAGUUACAUAAGAUUGUUUGAGCCACUAGUAAUCAAGGCCCUAAAGCAGUACACUAUCACCAGCUCAUUGGAUCUUCAACAACAAGUUCUCAACUUGCUGGCCCAGUUGGUUCAACUCAGGGUUAACUAUUGCUUGCUGGAUUCUGAUCAGAUCUUCAUUGGGUUUGUGAUCAAACAAUUUGAAUACAUAGAAGAGGGGCAAAUCAAGAGAUCUGAGACACUGAUUCCACAUAUAUUCCGUUUCCUGGUGUUGUUAUCAUACGAGAGGUACCAUUCCAAGACCAUCAUAGGCAUGCCCAAGAUCAUUCAGUUGUGUGAUGGUAUCAUGGCUAGUGGACAAAACCCAGUAACACAUGCUAUCCCAGCAUUACAGCCUAUUGUGUAUGUUUUGUUUGUUCUGAGGAGCAGUAAUAAGGCAGAUGCUGUUAAGGAUCUGGACACACAGCGUGAAGUGGUGGUUGCUAUGUUACUCAGGCUCAUACAACAUUACCAGGUGCUUGAAAUGCUCAUUGUUGUGCUACAUCAAAACCAUAAAGAAAGCGAAGAGAAGUGGAAACGUCUCUCAAGGCAGGUUGUUGACAUGAUACUUCCGCUGCUCUCUAAACAACGCAUGCAUCUUGAUGAUCAGAUAGCCCUAGAUGUCCUCCACAGGGUCUUUGAAGCUGUGGCCCCAAGUGUAUUCAGGCCUGUUGAUAUAGUGUUGAAAAAUCUAUUUGCUGCUCCAUGGGAUUUGAGUUCAGUCUCGAACACUCAAAGAUGGCUGAACAUUCCGCUCUCUAUUCUGCGUGUGUUGAUCUCACAAUCUAAAGAGGAAGUGGUCCUGUCCAGGCUGAGUGAGUUGAAGCUGGGAAUCAAACUUUUCACGAACACUUUAGAGAGGCACAAGAAUGGCUUUGUGAAGGACAUGGGUGAACCAAGUAUUGAGAAUAGAGCUCUGUUAGCCCCAGAGGAAACCCUAGCUAGGUUUUUGUUGCAAGUAAUUGGAUUGGUCGCUUCAGGCAUCAACGACAGCUCCCUCUGUAGUCAUCACCCAGAACCAACUUCGUUUCUAUGCCAACAACUGGCCCAUCUUCUCUUGUAUACAACGCACAUGUUUCAGUCAGGUCUAUUUCGGAGGGUUACCACGACAACGAUGUCCUUGAUCCGACAAGAUAUGCAACCAAAUGGUUUCUAUGGUAUCAAACACAUCAAUGAGAUCUUCCGUGAGUUAGGCCACAGGGAACCCAUGUUAACUCUCCAAUGGUGCAAUAUACUCAUACUAUUGAACUAUGACGAUCAGCCAUUCUGGAGUAAGGUUCUUCAGACCCCUGAAAAAUAUGUCAUGGGAAGUCCUAGUCAUAAUAUUAAAUCUAGUCCUAGUGAAGAGAAAUGUUCUCUUUCCCAGAGUUGUAAUCUACAAGUGGUAAAGCAUGGAGGCAUCAUAUUGUUCUGUGAUUAUGUGUGUGAAAACUUAAGUGAUGCUGAACAUAUGACAUGGGGGAUUAUAAAUCAUGUGAAUGAGAUCAUUGAACUUUCUUAUGAACCCCCAGUGCAAGAUUUUAUUAGUGCAAUACAUAGAAAUCCAGCUGCUAGUGGACUCUUCAUUCAAGCCAUACAUUCCAGAUGUGAGAACAUGACCCGGCCGAUGAUGGUCAAGAAAACGCUUCAUUGUUUAGAAGCAAUUCAUUUAUCCCAGAGUGGAACUCUACUUACAUUACUCAUAGACCAGUUCUUGCAUACUCACCACCUAGCUGUGGCCAGGAUCUGUGAUACUAUAGCAUGUAGGAGAGUUGAGAUGCUGCUGGCUGAGAGUAUUCAGGAAAGCAGUAACCAGUUACCUUUGGAAGAUUUGGAGAAAUUAUUGCAGUUUAUGAAAACACAUGGGCUCACAAGAAGACAUUCCAGACUUGCAUCUUUAUUGAACAAAUUACGCAAUUUGAUGUGUCCAGAGAGUCGACAGACUUUGUCCCCAGAGAAAACACAUCCGCUAGCUUUGUCUACAGCAGAUGUCAGUACUCUUGCACUGGAUAAGGAAAUGUACCUGUCCAUCUGCAAAGACCAGUGUUUCAGCCCCAAUCCCAGGCCAAGGGAAUGUGCAAUGCUACUUCAACAUGUGCAGUAUUCUGACCUCCUUGCUAUUAUAAUGACAAAGGAGUUCAGACUGAGUAUAUUGGAAGACUGUGUGUCGCUAGGUGUACACAGGUCCUUACACAACUCUACCAACCCCCAACGAACAACCUCCAGACAGCAAACUCCAGAUAAAUCAAUGGACCCCCUACUCCAAGCCUCACAAUUAACAUUAUUCCGCCAUCUCAACAAUAUCAUAAACAUGUUACCGGUGCCUCAUAAGGUUUUAUGCUAUUCAAAAAAGGCGCCAUCUAAUAGUAAAGUUGAACAAUAUCAGGAAAAAAUGGAGGACUUCUUCAAUGAUUCAGGAUGGUUGGAUAGUUUGUUUCAUUUAGCAGGCGCCUUGCUGAAAUACAUGAUCUCGCUUCCUUUGUUACCUUGGCAACCAAGUUUGCCUCCAGAGUCUCACAAUGAUGUCGCUAGAUUCAGUGUUCUCUGUUUGGAGGUCUUGCAUUGGAUGUAUCUCCAUGACAUCUUACCCUCAUCACAUCAACUCUAUGUGGCCAUUCAUUGCACAACACUUGUCCUGCAGACUCCAACUCUCUCUGAUCUGAUUGGUCAAAAAGAUCACAUGACAUGGGUGUGUUCAGCUGUAGCUAGUAUUCAUCAAAUCCUAACCUCAUUAUUGAUGCUACCAAAUGAGAGACUGGUGACACUUCCCCACCAAGAUGGACCCCAAGAGACACCCGUACACAGCUUUGAUGAUUAUCACCAUGUGAUUGUGGCUUGUGACCAGAUAUCUGAACUGGUGCAUUGUUUGAAGACUCAUCUAGGGGACUCUAGCACUCAUGCAUUACCUCAUUUUGUCACCUCUAUACUGAGAAACAUUAUCAUAGGUUUAGCAAGACUCCCAUUGGUCAACAGCUAUGCACGUACGCCACCUAUUGUCUGGAAAAUGGGAUGGAUGCCAUCACCCAGUGGCGACAUGCGGACAAAACUUCCGCCAUUGCCUACAGAUUUUAUACAGGAAAAAGACGUCCUCCAAGAAUUUGUCUUUCGUGUUAACACAAUCGGAUGGACCAGUAGGCCACAGUUUGAGGAGACUUGGAUGAGUUUACUGGGAGUCUUAACCCCUUUACCCCUGGCAGAAGGUCAGCAAAUCUCUAUUGAGGAGGAUAUAGAUAGAACACAGGCAGUGGUGCUAGCUAUCCGUGGAAUUACUGCCCUUUUAGCCCAGACGACCUUGACCCCUCAGCCUGGUAACCCUAGCAACAGCAUAUACAAGCACAUCACUAGAGACAAACCAUUAGCCUUUCUACAUACAAGGGUGGGAAAAAAGUUGGUGUUCAUUCACAAUAUCAUAGACCAGGAGCUAUACCAACAACAGACAUUCCAUAGCCCUGUGUUGGCUAGUGUUGACAAAGCACUAUGUAAUAUAGAACAUGAAUCAUCUCUCCAGUUCUCUUAUGGACAGACAUCCAUAGAGUCUCUAUGGUUUGCGCUAGGGAUGUUAAACCCUGAGCCUACAGGGGCCAAUGAUGGAGAGAUUUCCCUCCAAGCCCGCCAGCAGGUUGUAGAUCCAGUCAGUGGGAUUGAUAUCCACUCAUGUCUCCAGUUCCUAUUAGAUCUUUAUACGCAGUGGCUGAGCCCAGGGGCGUCCCCUAGGACUGCUCUUAUGCAGAUUAACCAGACUGUGAAAUCGAUCAUCACACUCUCCGAUAUUUUCACGGAAAAGCAACAGUAUGAUUGGAUGCUUGAUACUCUGUUGGAAGUUCAAAGGUCACAUCCUGUAGAGGAUGAACUGGUGAACCAAUAUCUGGUACUUGGUCUGUGUAAGGCAGCGGCAGUCACAUCUGUCACCGUGGAUCCUCAAACAUUUGAAAAAAUCUACAAAGUUUUGGAUGCAAAUUUCCGAAGUGCGCACCUUCCAACAAAGGUGGCGACACUGCAAGGCUGCCUUUAUUUACUGGAGGCGGGAACGUCUGAUAUGGUCAGAAGUAUACUUCCAUUGAUUGUGGAAUACCUGUACAAGUCCCUUGCAAUUGCUAUGCACGCUGGUGUACACAGUCAGCAACACACUCUAGUCAUGUGGUCCACAGCUGUGUUUAUAUUGGAGAACUAUCCCGAUGAAAUCAAUGAGACAGAACUGCCAGCUAAAGUCAUACAGAUGGCAGUGAGCCUGGCAUCAUCCAACGAAGAUGUGGUACCACUUCCUGUUUUUCUGGCGAUAAUCCGUGGAUUAGAGCGCCUCCUGUUGGCAAAUUCAAUCAGCAAACAAGAUACAGAAGUAUUGGUGAAGUUAAGUGUUGACAGGUUAUGUCUUCCAAACUCUGAGAGAGCUCUGGCAGCACUAGGGUUAAUGCUGACUUGUAUGUAUACAUCUAAGCAACGAGACCAAUACACCCCUACCUUAGAGCCUGUUGAGCUUACCUACGAGAAAGGAACAGAUAGCCAGGCUUUAGUCAUUGAAGAUCCUGAGUCACUUAUUGUUGCUAUGGAGAGGGUCACUGUUUUAUUUGACAGAAUCCGCAAGGGCUUUCCAGCUGAGGCAAAGAUUGUCACCAAAAUGCUGCCAACAUUUCUAGCAGAUUUCUUCCCACCACAAGAUGUCAUGAACAAAGUCAUUGGUGAAUUUCUCUCCAGCCAACAGUCACAUCCUCAACUUAUGGCCCAGGUGGUCUUCAAUGUGUUUGAAAAUCUUCACAAAAAGAAUCAAGAAAGCCUAGUCCAAGAGUGGGUCAUGCUGUCUCUCUCAAACUUCACACAGCGUACACCAGUUGCUAUGGCAACAUGGAGUCUGACAUGUUUCUUCAUCAGCGCAUCCAGGAAUGUUAUGCUACGAGCUCUCCUGCCCCACGUGAUUGGAAGAAUGGGAAAGCUAGAGAUCGUCGACAGGAAAUUAUUUUGCAUCGCAGCAUUAGAUUUCCGGUCCCAGUUGAAAGAUGAAGAAGAAAUCCAAGUGUUCGUAAAAACAUUCCAGAGAGUGGCCCAACCUGAAACUCCAUAUUCUGACCUAGUUCUUUGUUGUACUUGAUACCCUAUGUAAAUCAUAUUGAAUUAUAUAUAAAAAUACUUUACUGUAUAGAUAUAAUAAUAGAAGUGAACUGGGCAGAUUCAUUUUGAGAUGCAGGGGUGAUUGACAUAAGGAUAUCCACCAUCUUGCUUCAUCAAGCCUCGGACCUGUCCUCGUAGAACGUUAUGAUUGAGUGUGGGAACCGAAGAUGGAUAUCUACCUUCAGAAUUAAAUUACACGAAACCAAUUGAGUAAAAUUCACUAAAGGAUUUCUGUCUUCAUUGGUGUAUUAUCGCACAUUUGAGGACAAAUCAUGGCUCUAAAAUUGUCAUGGUUGAAUGAAUUUCUUGCUUCAGGGUUGAGAUUGAAGUCAAGAUUUCCAAUGGAGGUAUUUUUAAAGUACACUUUGUUAAAUUAAUGUAAUACAUGCAGACCUAUAGCGAGCUUUUGCUCACCUUUUAAAUUUGAGAGGGGGUUCACAUUUCCCCACAUUGGGUCAAAAUCCCUUGAAAUAUGCUCAGAAUGGUAUAGGAAUGCAUGACUUUGAAAGAAUAUUUGGCCAUGGGGGUUUGCUUGCACCCCCUGAACCCCCCCUCCUUUGCUACAGACCUGCC